AUGGAAUAACCACCAGAGUCCAUAUUUGCAUCAAUUGACAACUGUUUUGAUCACUCAAUAGUCUAUUACUUUCGAAUUCUUAAAUGGAACUUUUUCUUAAUGUUGAUUUUCGCUAUUCUUCACCUACCAUAAUUGAUAUUCUGUAUUACAGGAAACAGCAUAUUCAAUUAAUUUCAGUUUUAAUUAGAAACAUUUACAGUAGCAAAUGUUGACAUUUCAAAUGAGACAGCUUUUCUAAUUGGAGUCUUAGGAGAUGCUAUUGGAACACUUCUUUACUUUUCGUCAUUGCUAUAUUUACGAUACAAUGCUAUAAAUAAGGAUUCAUAAUUUAAAGUAUCCAGUAUUUCACCUUGGAGUGUUGAAGUAUGUGGAUUUCCAUCAGCUACUAUAGAUCCAGAAGACCUUAGAUCUAUUAUUUAAUCUAAUACAUAUGAGAUAUAUUUAGUGCGCAAUUUCUAGGGUACUCUCAGUAUCAUGAAGAAUAAAGCAUUCAAGGAAAGAUAGAUCAGAUUAGAAAAGAAAAAGUUAGAAGUAUUUUCUAAGAGAUUAUCAUAAGCAGAUAUGUACGUAAGACAAGACUUCAUCAGAGUAUUGACUGAUGAAUUAAAAGAUAUUACAAAGGAAUUGUCAGAUAAAUUCAAUAUCUUUUUAGCUCCAGAUGAUUUAGAAUCUAUAAAGGCUUUCGUUGUUUUUAAAAGUAAAGUAGAUCGUGAUCUAUUUUAUGAGAAAUAUAAUUAAGAUUGUUUAAUUAGGAAUGGAAUUUACUUAUUUUAGAAUUAACCAUAAGAAUUAAAACUUAGAGGCUUAUAUACUAUAAGAGUAACAGAAGCUCCUGAUCCAAAUGAGAUCAAAUGGGAAAAUAUGGAUUAUUAAGAAAGAAACAAUGUUUAAAUUAUUCUUAUGCAUCUAGCAGUAGCAAUAAUAUUAUUAGCACCUUUAAUAGUAUUUGAAAAUAUGGCUUUGAAGAAUGCAAGAAAUAAUACAAUUAAAUGUACUGAAUAUUGUUUGGAUAAUGAUUUUACAAGAACAGCUUAUUAUAUAAUAAUAGGAUUUUGGAUAUUUAUAGCUGAUAUAUUAGGAUGGAUCUUUAUGGAAUUAAUAAUCAAUAAAGAAAAAUAAAUAUAUUUAGUAUAAGAAUAAAAAGUCAUUUUGAUUAGAAUUAUAGUCUAUUUGAUAUGUUACACAUUGCUUGUACCAAUAUUAAUUUCAUGGGAAACCAUUGGAAAUAUAGUAUUAGUAAUUUAAAGUUAUACUUCAACAGAAAAAUCAUUAAUUUUUAGUGAUGAUCUAGAUAGAAAAUGGAUUAUUAAUCAUGGAUUAAUAUUUUUAUGGGUAGCUAUAUUUUAUACUCUGAAAUUGAUAAUAUUAGGAAUUGCAUCAGGAUGUCGAUGUAUAACAGGUGGAAUUAGAGAUUAAGAAGAAUUGUAAUUAAUUGGUUCUUUAUUAACAGAUGAAAAUGAAGAAGAAAGACAAAGAUUGACUGGAUAAUUAAAAACUACAUCAAAUAAUAAUAAUUAAUCUCAUUAAACUCUAUUUUUAUUAAAUUUAGAUGAAAGUGUUAAUUACAAUAUUUAAUCAAGAUAGAAUUUAGAUAUCAAAACAGGCAAAUAAUUUAGACGUGAUUCUCCAUUAAUCAAUAGUAAUCCCACUUUUAAAACUGGACUUAGAUAUGCUAAAUUAUUAUUUAGUAUAUUCUUAUCAACAACUAUAUCAGCAGGGUUACCUUUAUUACCUCUAUUAGGAGCUAUACAAAUAGGGAUGUAGUAUAUUUAUGAUAAGAAUAUGUUAUUGCGAUAUCAUUCUUAUAAUGAAAAACAAUAAACAAAAUUAUAAGAGUAAUUAAAAUCAGUAGGUAUUGUAACAUUAAAAUUCAUUCAUUUCUUUCUUAUCCUACAUUUAAUUUUUAGUAUAUUGAUUUAUGGAUAUCCAUACAUUUACACUUAGAAUGGUAUGGGGAUUUCAUCAGAUUGGAAUGAUGCUUCAAAUAAGUUAUUAUAUAAAGUAAGCACUGUCAUUCCUCUUACUAUACUAUUAAUCAUUUUAGUGGUGGCUCUAAUCAUAGAUUUAGUAUUUUUUGGAAUAAAUAACAAUUGGAAGAUCUAAUCUGAUUAAAUAGGGUAGGAUGUAUCUUAGAAUCUUGAAGAUCAUGUAAAUAUUUUGAAAGAAUAAGGGAGUGCCAUUUCUUACAAUUUAAAGCAUCAUGAUGAAUUUAGGGAUAUUUUACUUAGUCAGAAAUAAGAGAGCAUAAGAGCCACUCUUAAUUAAUUCAAACAUUGA